CAAUCUUAUAAAGGAACUUCACCACAUGGAUAAUGCUGCAAUCAAAUGCAGAGAAGCACCUGAACUAGUAAGAAAAGAUUCCUUUACGGUAGAUACCUGAGCUAGAUCUGAUUUGUUGUGUGCCUCGCGACACCUUAUCUACCAAGAUGGAUUCCCAUAGUCAAGUGGUUCUUUUCCUACUGUCAGUUGCACUGGCCGUACAAGGAACUUUAGCUGGUACAGAGACAACAUGCCCUCGAACAACCAUCUCAGAGGAAUUACACAUAGAUAUAUUUACUGAACUAUUAUCGAACCACACUGACCAAGCAAAGCAGCUUCAGACAGCCCCUCUUGUGGGCAACAUGGACCCCAUGGCACCAGCUUAUGAAUUCAGGGGUGCAGGAGUUCAUCUCACUGACCGAUUCCUCUCGGACACAAUAAGAGUUCACUCCUGCAUGACGAAUGAGAUCACAAUGUUUGGAUCUGUGUUUUUCAAGGACGGGAACUCUGCUGGUCCUCUGAUAGAGCUCUCAUAUGCAAACAGUUUUGGACCAAGUUUGCCUGUGUUCUCUCUGCGCAUGGAUGCCCUCGCUGAUGAAAUCAUUGUUGCUUACAGACAUCUUGGCAAUCUCCAUACUGAAGUGUUCAAGGCCCGGCUCCACAGUGGCAAGUGGAGGAGGUACGGCGUGACCUUAAGUGGGAACCAGGCCCUUGUGUACGAUGACUGUCAGCUGACUCACCAGAGAGCAAUCCCUUUACCGGACUACUGUGCCAAUGACUCCAGCCUGAUCAUCUCAGUGGCUGACUCUGCCAUCAAGGAAAACGAGCAACUUCCAGGCACUGGUGUCUUUGCCUUCCUGCAGAAUGUAGGCAUCCACUUUGGUCAGAAUGGUAUCCAGAAGCUGUGUCCAAAUGUCCCAGAAGCAUGUGCGUCGUGUGGGAGGUUUCUCAAGUUGGUACAGAGGGUCUACCAUCUGAAUCAAGAAAUGGAGCAGCUUAAGAAGAGAGUGGCUGAACUAGAGAACAGGGACAUUGUCUGUUCCACUACAGGGGCACAGUGCUCCCACACUGUCAACGGUCAAACAAGUGUCUUUGCUAAUGGCAUCUUUAGGAGUUUCCCUGAUCAAACAGUUUGCUACUGCUCUGAUGGUAGUGUGGAAUGUACAAACUCCUCUGAUUUAUGCCUCAAUGGCAGUGUGGUAGAGCCUCUCACAUCACCACCCACUUCAACCCCCUCAACGGACCCCUUAAACGAUGGCUCACGAACUACUGAACCACCUACUAUGCCAAUUCUUUGUGCCUCUUCUCUUAUCAUCCCUGGUUUGAGAUUAGGAGAAAUAUUUACCAACUUAAACUCCCAGGAUGAUGAAUGCUCAGUCUACACUUGCACUCUAGGACCAAUCGGUCCCCAGCGUAAGCUUGAUGUAUAUCAGUGUUCUGAAUACCCAGAAUGUUCCAGUAACUUCACUGGGAUUGAGCGAAAAGUGGCUACAUGUUGCUCCAGGUGCAGCGAAUGUUUCUUUAAGACGUGCGGUAUCAAUUCUCAGUGUACAACUAGUACUUCGUCUGGACAAGCAGUAUGUGUCUGCAUCGACGGAUUUAAAAAGGAUAAAGUAUCAAAAGCAUGUGUUGACGUGGACGAGUGUUCAGACGACCCUAGUGUGUGUCCUGCUAACUCUGUGUGUACUAACAACAAUGGCAGUUUCCAGUGCACUUGCGACGCAGGCUUCAACAUGGUAAUCGCAACUUCUGGAAAAAUGACCUGUGAAGAUGAUAAUGAAUGUGACACUGCUGACUGUGGCUCUGCCAUGUGUAAGAACACCCCCGGCAGCUACCAGUGUGUAUGUCCUGGUGGCAUUGUCACUGACACAGGGAGUUGCGACGCUGUUUGCACUACUCCUUGUCAAAAUGGUGGAACCUGCAGUCAUGGAGGCGUAUGCCUUUGUCACAGUGGAUACAAUGGUUCGAAUUGUGAGACGGACAUUGAUGAGUGUUCUGUGGGUAGCCACAAUUGUCAGCACGAACGCUCUGUAUGCAUUAAUACUAUGGGCGGGUUCUUCUGUCGCUGUGAGGCUGGCUAUGUCGGAGAUGGCACCACAUGUGAAGAUAUCGAUGAGUGCUCAAGCAACUUUCACUACUGUGUGAAUGGAGCCAAGUGUAUAAACAUUCCAGGCUCAUUCCAAUGCUUGUGUGAUCGUGGUCAGCUCUGUACUGGCUCAUGCAUCUACAACUACAGGAAGCAAACCAUAUUCCUUGACAAUAAAGAGUCCACUGUUGUGUCUAAUUGCAGGAACUGCACCUGUUUGGAUGGUCGUGUGUCAUGUGUCAGGAUACAGUGUUCCUGCUCAGCCAACCCUCCCAGAGACUGCUGUCCGCAAUGCUAUCGAGAAGACUGUGAGGUAGGGUCUGUCAGGAUAAGACCAGGACAGACCUGGGUAAACCCUUCUAACAGAUGUGAGAGAACAUUCUGUGAUCGUCAAAAUGGUACGCUGGUGCCUGUUGUCACUGAUAUUUCAAACAGCUGCCCUGAUUUCGACUGUCCUGCCAAUCUCACCAUACAGCCAAUGGGGAAAUGCUGCCCCUCUUGUCUCUUGCAACCGUGUAAUAUGGACAACAACAAGCAGUCUGUUACCCUUAGAAAUGGCUGUGAAACUUGUGUGUGUGAGAAUUCUCAGUGGACCUGUAAGCAGAGAAUGAAGUGUCCAAGUACUGAUUGUGAACCAGAGCACAUCUUGUUCUCUGAAGAUGGCUGUUGUCCUGUGUGUGCCCGUCAGGCUCUGAGUAAUGAGAUGUGUGAAACCUUGCCUUAAGUAGUUAUAAUCACUUUUGCAACUCUUUACAUUAAUAGUCAUCUCAUUAAAUGUCACUGAUUUAUUACAUCAUAUACGAUUUAUUUCUGCCUGCAUUGUUUUGUAUUCCACGUAUUUUAUUUUGCAAUCUGCUUCUAUAUUCACUUACAUAGUCUGUUGCUCUUAAAUUUGGAGCCAGAUCAUGUCUUUUGUACACGUUUGUUAUGUAUGCUUCUAGAGUUAAACAGUAUACUAGUAUCAUUCUAGAUGUAUAGAUCUAGUACACAAUCCAUACAGUUUUAGUUGUGACUGCCAUCACAAUGAAAGAUAUGUUAUUUGUGUAUCGUUUUGUGCGUGAUACAAUUAAUUGA